CUGAUGAACGGAGGCAGAGCCCCUGUCGAGGAGGAUGCUCUCACCGGCUCAGAAGGGCUUUCUUUCGGGAUUUAUUUACCAGGCAGCAGCGGUUUGCUCGCCGGUGCUGGUGUAAAAUGCACUUGGGCAGAGCGGGAGUGCUGGUCGGCCUAGCUGAUUUCAGCCGCUCGUCAAAUUUUUCCCCAAUUUUAUUCUUGUAGGCUACAUCUUGAUUAAAACGUUAUUAUUUCCAGGUCAGAAUCUCAGUUUCCUGUGCGGCUUGUUUGUACUGAAAAUGGCCGGAGAUGGCGGCGCUCUGAAGGAUAUCAAUGAGAUUAAAUCCCAGUUCCGGACCAGAGAGGGCUUCUACAAGCUGCUCACCCUUUCGGACUCGCAGCAGCGGGGCGGGCUGCCGCGGGGUCCCUCAGCCGGAGCCACGCUGGGCCCCGGGGCUGGACCCGGUCUGAUACCCGGCGGAGGGGUCGGGCUGCUGCAGGGGCCCGGGGCUGCCGCCGCCUCCUCCUCCAAUGCUGCAGCCAACUCCUCUCCAGCGGGCUUCCUGCCUCCGGUCCGGGUCUCCAUGGUGAAGCUGCAGCCCGAAGACCCGGGCGAGGAGUCGGAGCGGGUGUGCUUCAACAUCGGCAGGGAGCUGUAUUUCUACACGUACACCAACAUCAAGAAGGCUGUAGACCUCAGUAAGCCGAUAGACAAGAGGAUCUACAAGGGGACCCAGCCAACAUGUCAUGACUUCAACCAGUACUCUGCCACAGCGGAGAGUGUAGCUCUCAUAGUGGGUUUCUCAGCUGGACAGGUCCAGUAUCUCGACCCCAUCAAGAAGGAAACCAGUAAACUCUUCAAUGAGGAGAGGUUGAUAGACAAAUCCAAGGUGACGUGUCUAAAAUGGCUUCCCAAGUCGGAGAACCUGUUCCUGGCCUCCCAUGCCAGUGGCCACCUCUACCUCUACAACGUGGACCACCCGUGUGGCACCACAGCCCCACAGUACUCUCUCCUGCGGCAGGGAGAAGGCUUCGCCGUCUACGCCUGCAAAACAAAGACGCCUCGCAACCCGUUGUUACGAUGGGCUGUGGGUGACGGAGGCCUCAACGAGUUCGCUUUCUCCCCAGAUGGAGUGCAUGUGGCGUGCGUGGGCCAGGACGGCUGCCUGCGUGUCUUUCACUUUGACUCAAUGGAGCUGCAGGGGGUGAUGAAGAGCUACUUCGGAGGGCUGCUGUGCGUGUCAUGGAGCCCCGAUGGAAAAUACCUUGCCACGGGCGGAGAGGAUGACCUGGUUACCGUUUGGUCAUUUGCAGAAAGCCGUGUGGUUGCAAGAGGUCACGGCCACAAGUCCUGGGUCAAUGUGGUGGCUUUUGAUCCCUUCACGACUUCCUUGGAAGAUGAGGAGCCUAUGGAGCUCAGUGGCAGCGAGGAGGACCUCCACCAAGGGCCACCGAACAACUCCAUGCACUUUGGCCGUGUCCGAACAAGUAGCACGUUGUCGCGUCUGUCUCGGCACAGCUCUAAAGGAGGCGGUUCGGCAUCCGUCACAUACCGGUUUGGCUCGGUGGGGCAGGACACCCAGUUCUGUCUGUGGGACUUGACAGAUGACGUGUUGUACCCACGCCUGCCACUGUCCCGCGCCUUUACUAACACUUUUGGGCCUUCACUGUCCAACUCUGGCAGUGGGGUGGUCAACAGUACCUCAAGUGGGGGAGGGGAUGGAACAGUUGAAGGGCACCAUCAUCCGCCCAACACUAACACUGGCACCACAAACCCUCCAACGCUCCCCUUACCGCUUCCUCGCUCCCUUUCCCGCUCCAACUCUUUGCCCCACCCCGCCGUGGCAAAUGUCGCCAAGGGCCCGGGCGCCUCGGAGGGCGGCGGGGGAACCGGAGGAGGUGGAGGGAGCAGUGGAGGAGGAAACACCACCCCAUUUAGCAUUGGCCGUUUCGCCACACUUUCACUCCAGGAGCGCAAGUCAGACAAGUCUGGUUGCAGCAGUGGGGUGGAGAAGGAGCACAAGAGGUACCACAGCUUAGGCAACAUCAGCAAAAGCAACGAUAAGAUCAACGUGGCGCCCAGGAGCAACCGGCUGGAUGCUGCCAAGGUCCUCGGCACAACGCUGUGCCCACGCAUGCAUGAGGUGCCGCUGCUGGAGCCACUGGUGUGCAAGAAGAUUGCACAUGAGAGGCUGACCGUCCUGGUGUUCAUGGACGACUGCAUCAUCACCGCCUGCCAGGAGGGGCUCAUCUGCACCUGGGCGCGGCCGGGGAAGGCGAACUUGACAGCACAGAACGGGAACUCUCCGAGUGGCACGGUGGUAUAGCUGAAGGAGAAGCUUUGCACUCAUCCCUACCUCCAUCCACCCUCUCCACUGUAAUCAAAUAUAUCAAAUUAGGGGCCAAUAACAAGCGGCCAUUCCCUACCCCACCACAGUAUUAUAUCAUAAGCCUCUGUACCUGCCACAGAUCCUGUUCCUUACUGAUUUCACUCUCACUGCGGACGGUUUGGUGGGAAACACUUCCUGAAUUAUUUAACUAACAUUACUUCAAGUGCUUAAAUAUAGUAAAGCUGCGAGAUAGCAUCUAGUUAGCCUUAGUAAGACUCGGUUCUGGUAAUGUGGAAACGCCUUUGAUCUGGGUUUUUAUUAUUUGGUUGUGGUCUCUUAGUUCCAGUAAAGAGAGGUCGAAAUACUAUUGCAAACAAUUAUACUGUAGGCGACGGUGUACUUUCAACCUCCUUGAGUGGGGUUUCCUGUUUGCAUGACAAAGCUAGCUCUCUCUCGUUCCCAGUUUGGGGUGAAAAUAACUUGAUUGACCUACACAGGACCCUGACCUAUACCCUAUCCAACACCUUUGGAAUAAACUAGAUCACUGGCUGUGAGCCAGACUUUAGGACUGUAUCACCUUGUUAAUGCUCUUGCUGCUGAACAGAAGGAGUAUCUAAACAUAAUUAAUAUAUCCAGAUUAAACAGUGGAGCCAUUCUUUAGCGGAAGUAUACAACUCAAAGGAAAACUAGAGUUGUUUUGAUCAGUCAGUUUCACUCGUUAAUAGUUAGCAAAGUAUCACUUGUCGGUGUUCUGACCAUCAUGUUAUGUUUUUUUAGCAGCACUAAACAAUUGUUGUCAGACAUUUGAUAUAUUGCUUCAGGGAGAGUUUCCCACCUUGUGCUACUGUGGAUCUUUAAGUUUAUUCCCCGUGCUUCAGCCCUCUGCCUGCAUCUAACACACAGAGAUGGUUUCUCCUUCCUGUCAGCAGCAUCACAGUGAGCAGCAGAGUGAGUCUUCAUUCGUCCUUCAUCCAUGAGAAGCCACGGCCAUUGUAUUUAAGUGAUUUAUUUUAUCACAAGACUGUGUAGUUAUUUAUAAUGUAAAUAUUGGAAACUCUAUAAAUACAAAAAGGACAAACGUGUAUGGAAAUAAUGACUUGACAGCACGGAAGAAAAACACGGAAAGAUGAAGAAUAUUAUAAUAUAUGAAGAUCCUUCUAUUGUACAUAGCAACCACACUUAAAAAAUGAAUGUCUGCUGAAAGGGAACUUGAAUAUGUCAAUGUGUUUUUAUUUUGUGUGAUAAGAGUUUCUCCGGUGUGUCCCUGAAAGCGAGGUGGUGGAAGCAGUGGGUCAUGUGACUUCAUACAGAGGCUGCUAGCUGUAACAAACUGUCCAUAUGAUAUACUAACUCUGCUGAACAUCAUGUGUGGAGGAACAGCAUCUUAAUGAAUUAUGAACACAGGUCUCUCUUGCAAAUGAGACCUUGUGUCUCAAUGAGAUUUUACACCUGUAUAAAUAAAGGCUAAAUAAAAAAAUAAAAAUGAACAAACACACGCUUGCACAUACUGGAAGUAAAAUGGCUCACACACACACUCACAUGCACACUCACACACACACACAUCCCUUAUGGUGUAGCAUCAUAUGUAUCUUGGUUCCUGUUGCAACUAAAUUGCCUCUUGCAGGAAUUUGCACAUACAAUAAAUCCACAGUCCAUGCUGAGCUCCUGAUUAGCUAUGCAGGGGUUUUAUUGUCUCGUCUGAUCUGACCUGUGCACAAAAAGCUCCCAUAUCCCCACUAUUCACCGGAUGUUUUUGGUGCAGACUAAAUAGUGUUCAUCUUCGAGAUCAAGAUUGGAUUUGUUUUUCUUUGCUGUUUUUAUUCUGCUUAGAGUUGGACGUGCAAAGAUAAGAUGAUGUUGAGGCAUUAUUGACAGGGGACAUUACAAUCUCUAUGAGGCAGACCUCCUGCCUGAUUAUGAGCCUGAAUGUCCAUCUAACUUCAUUAUUCAAUCAGACAUUUUAUUAUCAAGUCAACUGUUUCCUGAUUAAGAAGUGUUAUUAUUUGCUCCCAACCAAACCUAAGCUACAGUGGUGGCUGAUGGGAGACUGGUGAAUGCAUUUAGCAUAUUUUUCAAUUCAAGAGGUUUUUAGCCAUGUUGGUGCAAGGAAUGGUCAUAUUUGUAUGUUUGUUAUGUUGUUCCAUAUGUUGUCUCCAUCCGGUAGAAAUGAGACUUCAAUAUUUUGGUUUAUGACCAAAUACCUGUAAAACUCAUGACAUCCCCAUCAGUCUCAGCAUCCUAACAUGCUAUAUUACAUUACAUUACAUUUAGCUGACGCUUUUAUCCAAAGCGACUUACAAUGACCAAUUACAGGGACAUUCUCCCUGGAGUAACUAAGGACUAAGUGCCUUACUCAAGGGCACACUAGUGGUGGUGUUCCUGGCGGGAUUUAAACUCACAAUCUUGCGAUCUUCAGCUCACCUCACUAUCCAUUAGACCACCACUAUCCCCUAUACGAAGAUCAUGAACAUUGUAAACAUUAGCCUUCUAGCAUUGUCACUCUAAGCAUGUUAGCAUGCUAAUUUUUGCAUUCAGUUCAAAGUACUGAACUGAGUGCAGUCUCACAGAGCCACUAAUGACUGUAGAGAUGUUGUCUAGUCUCCAUUCGUUGUUCUUGCUCAAAACAGGGAAACAGCAUUCAAUGAGAGCGACAUCAGAUCUUCUGUCCCUGAAAAAAUAAAGCAGUGAAUAACUAGAAGGAAUCUCUGAGAGUGCAGACCCCUGCCAAGUGUAAAUAAUCUUUAAGCAUUAAGUUAACAAGAGGAAUAAAACAUUUGUGUAUACGCCAAAUGAUUUAGAUCCGCUCUGAAAUGUAAUGGGUUUUUAUGUGAACCAUGCCACAAAGUUUCACCAAGUUUCAGAAAUUCGCGCCUGUAUUUAUUUUCUUAACCCCACUGACAAACAAACCAAAUCCAAAAAACACAACCUCGUUGAAACAGGCUUCCUCCUGCACGAGAUCAUUUCUAUUUCACUGAAUCUGACUGUCUUUUUCCGCAAUAUUGUAAACAUGUUGAAUAGUAAUGGCACUGCAGGACCAAAUGUUUCCCGGAAUCGUCAAAUCAGAACAUGUCAAAUGACGAAAAACAGUUACUGAUUGGAACCUUGAAUUCUGAAGCAGUUGAUGCUUUGCUGAUGAACACAACUUCAACCUCCAAAUAUUUCUGUCCUCUUCUCACCCCUCAGACAGAGAGACACAUCUGUGGGGGUUUUUCUGAGGAUAUGUCUGCAUUUAGGGCCCACAAACAAUUAGUAAAUGUAUUAUCUCUCAAUGUCGAUUCAAAGCACACAGUGCAACGAGCCGGUAGCAUUUUUAUCAGCCUUUUGUGUUCUAUGGAGUUACCUACCUAACAAUAAAUACUAUAAAUAGCAGCGUGACCUCCAGCCCUGCAGGAGCCAAGGUCAUGCCCUUGUAGCAGCAGACCAACCACCAGGUUUCCUCGUGCUGUGUUGGAGCCAGUGUCAGGGUAUUAUUACAGCCCAUACAUACUCAUCUUUGUUGUCAUAGCAACAGCAUGUCUGCUGCUGAGUGUGUCUCCAAUGAGCUCAUGUGCUUCGGGUCAAUCUCAGCUUUAACGCCAAAUAAAUGCUUCAUCACGAUGGAAGUUAAAUCCCUUAAGGGAAUAAUUCCCCCCCAAACAUUAACCUUCUCUCAAAUAUUAAAGUAUGUGCAGCUUAAUGAAAUCAAUGUAUAGUCAUGUGUGAGAACAGCUGUUUGAUGUUUAGGCCCUGCUCACACUUUUAAAAUACAUUCUGAUCACAAGUUCACUGGGAAAUAUCGGUAUGAAUGCUCCCUGAUUUAAUGCCCCCAGUCACAUCCACAGGUGAUACGAGACAGCAAACAUUUUUAAUGUUGACUCCAAAAUAAAUGGGUGAUGCCAUUCCUUAUUGGUACCAUUCUAAAGCUGCUCUCACAUGAUAGGAAGUUCUCUUCAAUGACCAUACAGAGGGGAGCAGAGAAAAAUUCAAACAUCAAAAGGGUCCACGUUGCUUCCUGCUUUUCUAUUUCUUUAAAGUAACUCAAUUGUGUGCAUCAUUGUCAAGGAAAACCUGAUUUAUCGUUAUCCUUAUUAUCUGAGCCCCAGACACUGAAGGUAACAGAGUUUACAGAGCAGUACAUGGAAGGUGGUAUUAAGCUGAAACAUUGGGAAUGUCUAAAGAGGACUGUGUGCAGUUCAAAUACUCACAAAAGCUGUGAUCACAGGAGUUAAAACCAUCAUUCAGUACAAAGGAACAAAAAAUCCACAUGUUACAUUUUUUGUGACAUUCCAGGCUGAAACAAGACACUUUAUUUGAGUUUUUGUCAUUUAUUUCUGUGUGUGUGUGUAAAAUAUACAUUCUCUAUUAUCACCAUACAGAUAUCACACACACGCACACACACACACACACUUUACGGCUGUUCUGGUGGAAGUUAUACAGCAGACUGGCUUCAAUGUAUCCAGUUUGUAUAUGGAGAUCUGUUAUUAAAACGUUAAACCUGAAA